GAAUAAAUUGUUUAUAAUGAGUGACAAUACAAAAAACAGUCAUUCAGAGAAACCUGGAGAUGGUAUUAGAUCUAUGAAAUCAACAACAGCAUUUCGUGUUGUAAAUUUUGAACUCUAUGCUAAGCCGAACAUUGUGGUAAUGAGUAUAGGUGCAACAUGUUUUGGUCUUGCCUUAGGUUACAUAGCAUAUAUGAGGCAGAAAUAUGAAUCAAUGGGUUACUAUUCAGCUAUAGAUGCCGAUGGAAAAGAGAUAUUUGAAAAAAAGAAGUCUAAGUGGGAUUGACAAAUUGUAACUACUUGUAAUUAUUUUAAGGAAUAAAUUAUAGUUCUAGAUUGUA